AUGCCCCGGGCUUUCCUCGUGAAGAAGCCGUGCAUCUCCACGGGCAAGCGCAACUGGAGUGAGCUCCCGGACGAGGAGCGAGGCGAGAUCUACGUGCCGGUCAGCCUCGGCUUCUGCCCACCCCAGCCCUAUCAUGAUCUGGAGCCUUCAGUGGCCGAGCCUCCUUCCUGUCCACUGGCCCUGGACAUGAGUCUUCGGGAGCCUGGCUAUGGCACAGCCCCCAGGCCCUGUGUGGUGGCGCAGCUGCCAGCAGAAGACCUAGGCCGCUUGACUGACCCUCAGGCCCAUGACCAUGGCUUUCUGCAUCCCAAGAUGAAGGUGACCACAGGAGACAGCCCGAGUGGGGAGCUCUUCACCUGUCACAUCUGCCACAAGGCCUUCACCUACCAGCGCAUGCUUAACCGUCACAUGAAAUGCCACAACGAUGUCAAGAGACACCUUUGCACCUACUGUGGGAAGGGCUUCAAUGACACCUUUGACCUCAAAAGACAUGUGCGCACACAUACUGGUGUGCGUCCCUAUAAAUGUAGCUUGUGCGACAAAGCCUUCACCCAGCGCUGCUCCCUCGAGUCCCACCUCAAGAAGAUCCACGGGGUGCAGCAGAAAUACGCCUACAAAGAACGGCGGGCCAAGCUCUAUGUGUGUGAGGAGUGUGGCUGCACCUCCGACAGCCAGGAGGGCCAUGUCCUCCACCUGAAGGAACAGCACCCUGACAGCCCGCUGCUGAGGAAAACCUCUAAAAAGGUAGCUGGUGCCCUGCAGAACACAGUCACUACCCUGCUGCAGAACAGCCACCAUCUCUAA